GGGGGGUGGGGGGGAAACGCUCCCGUUGACGUUUGGGAUUCCCCAGGUUUCCGGUGCCACCUUUGUGGCUUUUGUCAGAUGAGCCCGCCACUUGAUUAACUGUCACUCGCAGCCGCCCGAAGCCCUCUGAGACACGCGCGCUCCCUCCACUUAACGCGCCGCAUAAGACUCCAAGGGGUCGUAGUGAAGAAAAAGUAGUGCGUUAUAUUGCGGGAGCAUAAAGGCUGAGAGCGUGAAGUGUGGACGUUUGGAGUGGAGGGAGACUUGGCUUUUCUGAUGUCCCCUCUGUUUCCUAGCUAGCUGGCCUGACUUCGUUUGUUUCAUUAAAUAUCUUACUUAUUUUUAAGAAAAAGAAAAAAAAAUUUUUUUGAAGUUACACUGCAAAGGCUUGGGCAGUGAGGUACCACCUGCCCUGUUUUAAUGAAGCUUUUAAAUGCAGUCACUCUAGUCCAUUCUGGCCGGGAGCUCCCCCUGUUGGCUUCACGUUCGCGAAGAUCCUUCUGCCUCAGUCUCUCAAGUGUUGUGAUUACUGAUGUGUACCACUAUGCCAGUCUCAGCCCAUCCUCCCUCCGUUUUUUCCUUGGAGACAGGAUUUUAUUAUGUAGUCCAUGCUGACCUUUAACCCCUUAUGUAGCAAAGAAUGAUCUUGAACUUCUCAUCUUCCAGACGAUACCUCCAAAGUAUAUUGUGAGCAAGCAAUCAAAAUUUUUCUUUGUGAUUUUCAUUUUUUGAGACCGUGUCUCAGUAUGUAGACUAGGCUGUCCUCACAAAGAUCCACCUGCCUCUGCUCCCCACCCCCGGAGUGCUGGGAUUAAAGGUGUUCACCAUUACACCUGGCCAGAAUUUUUUUUUUUUUUUAAUUGAAAAGGGAUAGCACAGCAUGGUCACUCACACGUAUAAUCUCAGCACUGGUGAGGCUGAGGCAGGAAGGUCUCCAAGUCGAAUUCCGGAAAAUCUUGUUGGUUUGUCUGUUUGAGACAGUCUCCAUGUAGUUGGCUGCCCUGGCCUCAAACUCACAGAGAUCUUCCUGUUUCUGCCUCUUGAGUGCUGAGAUUAAAGCUCUCUGACCUGGAAGAACAACAAUGUCAUCAUCAGAAUCCAGCAAAAAAAGGAAACCCAAGGUGAUCCGAAGUGACGGAACCCCGACUGAGGGGAAACGGAACCGAACUGAUGCUGAGCAGGAAGGCAAAUACUACAGUGAGGAGGCUGAGGUUGACCUGCGGGACCCUGGCAGAGACUAUGAGCUGUACAAGUACACUUGCCAGGAGCUGCAGAGGUUGAUGGCCGAGAUCCAGGACCUGAAGAGCAAGGGCAGCAAGGAUGUGGCCAUCGAAAUUGAAGAGCGAAGGAUCCAGAGCUGUGUGCAUUUCAUGACUCUAAAGAAGCUUAACCGAUUAGCCCAUAUCCGGUUAAAGAAAGGAAGAGAUCAGACCCAUGAGGCCAAGCAGAAAGUUGAUGCCUACCACCUGCAGCUACAGAACCUGCUCUACGAAGUGAUGCACCUGCAGAAGGAGAUCACCAAAUGUCUGGAGUUCAAGUCAAAGCAUGAAGAAAUCGAUCUGGUCAGUUUAGAGGAAUUUUAUACAGAGGCUCCACCAAACAUCAGCAAGGCCGAAAUCACCAUGGGAGACCCUCACCAACAGACCUUGGCACGUCUGGACUGGGAGCUGGAGCAGCGGAAGAGGCUGGCAGAGAAGUACCGAGAAUGUCUCUCCAACAAGGAGAAGAUCCUGAAGGAGAUUGAGGUGAAGAAGGAGUAUCUGAGCAGCCUGCAGCCUCGUCUCAACAGCAUCAUGCAGGCGUCCCUCCCUGUGCAGGAAUACCUGUUCAUGCCCUUUGACCAGGCGCACAAGCAGUAUGAGACGGCCAGGCACCUGCCGCCUCCCCUCUACGUGCUCUUCGUGCAGGCCACUGCAUACGGGCAGGCCUGCGCUCAUAUGAAAUCCUCCUCCCAGCCCCCUAGACAGGAUAAGACGUUGUCGGUGGCAAUCGAAGGCAGUGUGGACGAGGCCAAAGCUCUCUUCAAGCCCCCCGAGGACUCUCAAGAUGAUGAGAGCGACUCGGACGCUGAAGAGGAGCAGACCACGAAACGGCGUCGACCCACACUUGGGGUUCAGUUGGAUGACAAGCGCAAGGAGAUGCUGAAAAGGCACCCACUGUCCGUCUUGAUUGAUCUGAAGUGCAAAGACAACAGUGUGCUUCAUCUGACUUUCUACUAUCUCAUGAACCUCAACAUCAUGACAGUGAAGGCCAAAGUGACAACUGCCGUGGAGCUGAUCACCCCCAUCAGUGCAGGAGACUUGCUGUCUCCCGACUCAGUCCUGAGCUGUUUGUAUCCUGGAGAUCAUGGAAAGAAAACUCCAAACCCAGCCAAUCAGUAUCAGUUUGAUAAAGUUGGAAUCCUGACUUUGAGAGACUAUGUACUUGAGUUAGGUCACCCCUACUUGUGGGUACAGAAGCUGGGUGGCCUCCACUUCCCCAAAGAGCAGCCCCAGCACACAGUGGUGGCUGACCACUCACAGAGCGCCAGCCACAUGGAGACCACCAUGAAACUGCUGAAGACCAGGGUGCAGUCCCGCCUGGCUCUGCACAAACAGUUCGCAUCCUUGGAACAUGGCAUUGUGCCGGUUACCAGUGAUUGCCAGUCCCUCUUCCCUGCCAAGGUGGUUUCUCGCCUGGUAAAGUGGGUGAUAAUUGCACACGAAGAUUACAUGGAGCUGCAUUUCACCAAGGACAUAGUAGAGGCAGGACUGGCCGGGGACACCAAUCUCUACUACCUGGCACUUAUUGAAAGGGGAACAGCGAAACUCCAGGCUGCUGUCGUAUUGAACCCUGGCUACUCCUCCAUCCCACCCAUUUUCCGACUCUGUCUAAACUGGAAAGGGGAGAAAACCAGCAGCAAUGAUGACAAUAUCCGGGCUAUGGAGAGUGAGGUCAACGUGUGCUAUAAGGAGCUCUGUGGCCCUCGACCCAGCCACCAGCUCUUGACCAACCAGCUGCAGAGGCUGUGUGUGCUGCUGGACGUCUACCUGGAGACCGAGAGCCAUGACGACAGUGUGGAGGGCCCCAAGGAGUUUCCCCAGGAGAAGAUGUGCCUGCGGCUUUUUAGGGGUCCAAGCAGGAUGAAGCCAUUUAAAUAUAACCACCCGCAAGGAUUCUUUAGCCACCGGUGAUUCCCUUUACCUGUCACCCUCCAAGCCCAGCCUUGGGUCCUGCAUCUCUGCUUCUGCUCUGGCUACAUGUAGUUCUUGAUAUUUUCCAAAGACACCAGCUGAUUAAAUGUCACCUGACCAAAUGGA